UAAGACUAAUGAUAAGAGUACCCCAAAGUAGCUAACCUUCAACAUUCAAGGUUCAGCGCAUUCUCAGUUUCUCUCUCACUCUCACCACACAUGGCAACUACUACGCUAAAUUCAGUUACUAAAAUCCCAAAAAUGGAGCUGAGCUCCUCCUCCGGCCCGGUGUCCAUGCCCGUGAUUGGCUUCGGCUCGGCGGCUGACAACAACGACAGUGCCACCUUGAUAUCAGCCGUGCUGGAGUCAAUCAAGCUCGGUUACAGACACUUUGAUACUGCUUCAGCAUAUGGGACGGAACAGGCUUUAGGAGAAGCUAUUGCUGAAGCACUUAGACUUGGUCUUAUUCCCUCUCGGGAUGACCUAUUCGUUACUUCCAAGCUUUGGCCUACUGAAGCUCAUGCUCAUCUUGUUCUUCCUUCCUUACAGAAAUCACUUCGGACUCUUCAGCUGGAAUACCUAGACCUCUAUCUGAUCCACUGGCCCAUCAGUGUUACUCCUGGACCAGUCACUAUAGAACGCCCUUUUGAUAAACAGGACCUUAUGCCAAUGGACUUCAAGUCUGUGUGGGCAGCCAUGGAAGAGUGCCAGAGACUUGGCCUUACCAAGUCCAUUGGAGUCAGCAACUUCUCUUGUAAGAAGCUCGAAAACUUGCUCUCCUUUGCUACUAUCCCACCUUCAGUGAAUCAAGUGGAGAUGAACCCAGUUUGGCAACAGAACAAGCUGACAGAGUUUUGCAAGGCAAAUGGUAUCAUUGUCACUGCUUUCUCCCCUUUGGGAGCAAAAGGGGUUAGUUGGGGCACCAACGAUGUUAUGGACAAUGAAGUGCUCAAAGAGAUUGCGAAAACUCGCGGAAAGACUGUUGCUCAGGUUUGUCUCAGAUGGAUUUAUGAACAAGGUGCGGCUCUUAUAGUCAAGAGCUACAACAAGGAGAGGUUGAAGGAGAACCUGCAGAUAUUUGAUUGGGAACUAUCAGAGGACGACUAUGACAAGAUUGGUCAAAUCAAGCAGCACCGAAUGAUGACUAAAGAGGACCUUGUUUCCGCUCAUGGACCAUACAAGUCCAUCGAAGAGCUGUGGGAUGGAGAGCUUUAACGUACCUGUAGCCAUUGCAAGCACAUGUUUAAUGUAUAUUUUAAUAAGAGUGAAACGGGGUCGGGUUAGUGCAUUGAAUUGAAUCUACCAUGUUUCCUUAUUGUUAAUCAUCUGUAAGACAGUUCGCUAGUUGCAAUAUGCUUUAAUAAGAUCUUAUUGUUGAUCAUCUGUAAGACAGUUCGCUAGUUGCAAUAUGCUUUAAUAAGAUGAAAUGAUGUGAGAGUUUGAGUAAGCUUUAAUAAAGUGGCAAAGAGCCCUUUGAGCCUUAA